UUGUUCCUUAAUCACUAAUUAUUAUCAUACUUUAUCUAAAGAUAAUUAUAAAACUAUAUAAUAUAUUUGGUUUUUUGCAAUCAGCGCAUUACAAAAGUGGUCUUUUGACUGUGUGUGCGAAAAUAAGUGAAAACGAAUAAAGGAAUGUUUAAAACCCUCAUACUCCUGACGGCCUUAGCGUCAGCUUUGGCUCGUCCCAGCGAAGAAGGGUCUCCCAACAAUGGACUCCUAGAGUACCACCCCGACUGUCCCCCAGCGGAGGUCCACUUCCUCCUCCCUCACGAGUAUGACUGCACCAAGUUUUACUACUGCGAAUAUGGUCUGAAGUACAUCGAACCUAGGGAUUGUCCCCCUGGUACUGAAUUCAGUGCUGAAAUUCAGGUUUGUGUUCAUCCCGCUAGCGCUGGAUGCACCCUCCCUGGAUACUCCACCACUUCAGAAGCCCCUGCUCCUACCACUACUGCAGCUCCAACAACUACUGCUGCACCCACAACAACGACUCCUGAACCUACUACUACGACUACAACUCCUGAACCUACAACUACGACUACAACUCCUGAACCUACCACUACUACUACAACUACUACAACAACUACGCCAGCCCCAACAACGACAACUACUACUACAACGACACCAGCCCCAACAACUACAACUACUACAACUACACAAGCGCCUACUACGACUACUACAACACAAGCGCCUACUACGACUACUACAACACAAGCUCCUACUACGACUACUACUACACAAGCACCAACUACUACGACUACUACAACACAAGCCCCAACAACUACUACAACUACUACACAAGCCCCGACAACAACUACUACGACUGCAGCACCUACAAGUGCUGCACCUUCAACCACAGCUGCACCUUCAUCAACUGCAGUGCCAUCCACUGUAGCCCCUACGGCUGCACCUUCCACUGCUGCUCCAUCCAGCACAGCACAGCCCGACUGUGACUUCCUAGACAAUGGAUGCCCAGCUGACUUCGAUGUUCACCAUCUUCUUCCCCACGAGGAAUAUUGUAACAAGUUCUACUACUGUGUCUUCGGUGAGAAGGUGGAGAGAGACUGUGCUCCUGGCACCUGGUUCAACUUUGAGAUACAGGAGUGCGACUGGCCUCACAACGUAGACUGCGACAAAGGAGUCAGCGAAGUGACUCCUACUCCUCAACCACCCACCACCGAGAGGCCAGGAAAUGACAACGACUCCGGAGACAUCCUGGACAAUGGCUGCCCAGCCGACUUCGACGUCCACCACCUUCUUCCCCACGAAACUGACUGUGAUAAAUUCUAUUACUGCGUUUUCGGGGAGAAAGUCGAAAGGAUCUGUGCUCCAGGCACAUAUUUCAACUACGAAAUUCAGACUUGCGACUGGCCCCACAACGUAAACUGCUCUUCAUCAGGCGGUGGAAAUGACUCCAACAGCAUCGAAGACGAUGUCGUUGGAGAUGACAACAAUGAUGGUAACGGCUGCGAUGGCUCUUGCCCCGACAACGGCGGUAAUGACGGUAACGACGGUAAUGGAGAUGGCAAUGACGGUAACGGAGGCUGCGAUGGCUCUUGCCCAGACAACGGUGGUAAUGACGGUAAUGACGGUAAUGGAGAUGGCAAUGAUUGCGAAGACGGUGGAUUUGUGCCACUGCCCAAUGGAUGCCCAGCUGACUUCGAUAUCCAUCAUCUGCUUCCACAUGAAUAUGAUUGCAAUCGCUUCUACUACUGUGUGCAUGGAGAGACUGUACCAGCUCAGUGUCCCCCUGGAACUCACUUCAGUGUUAAAGAACAGAUUUGUGACUGGCCUCACUUAGCUGGAUGUGAAGAGUCGGGAUCGGGAAGCUGCAAUGGCUCUUGCCCUGAUGACGGCGGUAAUGACGGUGGCAACGAUGGCGGUAAUGACGGUGGCAAUGGAGGUUGUGACGGUUCUUGCCCCGAUGACGGCGGUAACGACGGUGGCAACGAUGGUGACAACGAUGGCGGUAAUGACGGUGACAAUGGAGGUUGUGACGGUUCUUGCCCCGAUGACGGUGGUAACGAUGGUGGCAAUGAUGGUGGAAACGACGGUGGCAAUGGAGAUUGCGACGGAGACAACGAUGGUGGCAACGAUGGCGGUAACGACGGUGGCAACGGAGGCUGCGAUGGCUCUUGCCCCGAUGACGGUGGUAAUGACGGAGACAACGACGGUGGCAACGACGGUGGAGAUGGAGGCUGUGACGGUUCUUGCCCCGAUGACGGCGGUAAUGACGGAGACAACGACGGUGGCAACGACGGUGGAGAUGGAGGCUGUGACGGUUCUUGCCCCGAUGACGGCGGUAAUGACGGUGGCAGUGAUGGCGGUAAUGACGGUGGCAAUGACGGAGACAAUGAUGGUGGUAACGAUGGUGGUGAUGGAAAUUGCGACGGCUCAUGCCCAUCCCCAGUCACCCCCGAAGACAUUUGCUCUAACGAGUGCAACGUCGCCCCCUGGGCUCAUGACGACUGUGACAAGUACUGGAUCUGCAAAGACAGUACUCCUAUCCUCAUUACCUGCUCCGAAGGUCUUCAUUUCAACCCUAGCACCUACACUUGUGACUUCCAGUGCAAUGCUGGAUGCGUUAGGGAGAAUGUCCAGACAACUGCUGAUGCUACUGGCGUGAAAAUUUUCCUACCCUGGGAUAAGGUUAAUAGCGAGAUGAAGAAAUUGUUGAAGAUAUAAUUCUAAAACGGUUUUAAAAAAUCUUUGAUAUAUCUUUGGUAAAGAGAAUUGUAAAUAUAUUUAUUUGUAAUUCAAAAUAAAUGACAAAUUAAAUCAAUUGUACAAAAAAACUGGUUUUUAAAUUUUUACUGCUAAAUAAAUGAAUGCAAUUUUA